AUGGCGGAGCUGAUAAGCGCGUCCCCCUGGUGGCAGCGGCGGGGAGGAAGGGACCACGUGCUGUGCGUGACCCACCCCAACGCCCUUGAGACCGUGCGGCACUACAUGGCUGGCGCUGCCUUCGUUGCUGUUGACUUCGCCAGGUACGAACCGGGGGAGGCAGAUCUGCACAAGGACAUCAUAGCACCUUACGGGGCGCUGGUGGAGACUUACACUGCGGAGGCGGAGAGGCAGGAUGCUCAAGGGGGGCUUGCAGGAGGCAGGAGAGGAGGUUCGGCAGCGGCAGCCGAAGCAAAAGCUGAGGCUGGGAACCGCCUGAGGAAGGGGAGGAAUGGGGGUGGAGAUAGGGAGGGAGGGGAGGAGGAGGUAGAUAGAGAAAGGAGGAAGAAUAGCAGGGAAGGAGCAGUGGAGGAGGAAGGGGGAGAGGAAGAGGGUGAGGAGGAGAAGGAGAAGGUGAAGGGGAAGGGGGAAAAGGGGGAGGAGGGUAAGGAGGAGGAAGAGGAGGAAAAGGGAAGGGCGGAAACCGGGAAGGGGAAAAAGGUGGCAGAGGAGGGUGAGGAAGAUGGUGACGAGGAGAAGGCGAAGGUGAAGGGGAAGGGGAAGGGGAAGGGGGAAAAAGAGGAGAAGGAGGAUGGAGAUGAGGAGCGAGAGAGGAGGCGAUUGGUGGGUGAGCGGAGACAACUGGUGGGUGGGGGGGGAUCCGAUACGAAGGAGGUGGAGAGUGGGGAAGAGGAAUUGGGAGAUGGUGAGAAGGAAGGGAAGGGGAAGGAAGGGGAGGACGGGGAGGAAGGCGAGGCUGGGAGUGAGGAGGAGGAGGGCGAUAGUGGUGAAAGGGACGGACAAAGGGAGGCAGGAGCGGUAGGAGCAGCAGGUAGCAGAGCAGGAGCAGACGGUGCUGCUGCUGCUGCUGCUGCUGCGGGUAUGGGAGGGGGGGAUGCGGGUGUGUUUGCGCGACGCAUCACACUGCUCUACUUCCAGGGCACUCUGCAACGCAAGGAUCGGCGCAAGGCUCUAUUCGACGAGCUACAGGGGGAAGCGGACGUGCAUGUGCGGGAGGCUGCAGGGUCCAGCCAGUCAAUACGCGAUUCCCAGGAGGGCAUGCGGCAGUCGCGCUUCUGUCUGCACGUGGAGGGUGACACGCCGUCCUCUUCCCGGUUCUUCAACGCCAUCAUGAGUGGCUGUGUGCCGGUGGUCGUCAGCGAUCACGUGGAGCUGCCCUUUGAAUCUGCGAUCGACUACUCGCGGCUCGCGCUCUUCUUCUCUCAAGAGGACGCCCUAGUCAAAGGCCGUCUGGUUUCCGCACUGCGCCAGGUGUCGGAGCAGGAUUGGCUGGCGAUGUGGCACCAGGUGCAUCGAGUGCAGAAGCACUUCGAAUUCCAGCAACCAGCGCGGGCAGGAGACGCGGUGGACAUGGUAUGGCGGGAGGUGCGCAAUCGGCUGCCCAGCAUGCACCUCAUGGCCAACCGCGAUACACGCCUCACCAUCCCCGACUGGAGUGCCUGA